CUCCCGCUGCCCCGCUCCCGUUCCCGCCGCUCCCGCUCCCUCCCCCUCCCCUCCGGGAGCCGCUGGCGUCUGGCGCCGGGAGCCUCCCCGUUGCCGCCGCUGCUCCCGCAUGGAGCCGCCCGUCUGAGGGACGGUCCGCGGCCGCCCCGCCCUCGCUCCAGGUGAUGCCGGCCACCGGGGUGACGAUGCCGCCGGCGAGGCGGCGGCGGCCACUGCUGAUGGAGGAGGUGGUGAUGAUGGUGAUGAUGAUGGGCUCCGCCGCCCGGCCCUGCCCCUGAGCGGCAGGGAAGCGCCAGCGGCCGGCUCCCCUCCUCCCCCGAGAUCGCCCGGCUCCCCCCGGCCGCCGUCCUCGAUGUCUCCACCGCGGCGCGGAGCUCCCUUCGCCGCCUCCCCGCCCUCUCGCUCCUCGCCGCCGCCGUCUCCCUCCCGCCCCGCGGUCCGGCGGCUGCCGGACCCCGCCCGGCGGCGGCACCAUGAAGGUGGAAGCGGGGGACAACUCCAUGAUCAACCUGUCGGUGCAGCAAGUGCUGAGCCUGUGGGCUCACGGCACCGUCCUCCGCAGCCUCACGGAGAUGUGGUACUGGGUUUUCCUCUGGGCUCUCUUCUCCUCUCUCUUUGUCCAUGGUGCUGUGGGAGUAUUAAUGUUUGUGAUGCUGCAGAGACAUAGGCAGGGGAGGCUGAUAUCUGUCAUUGUGGUCAGCAUUGGAUUUCUGGGUUCUAUAACUGGAGCAAUGAUAACCAGUGCUGCAGUAGCUGGAAUUUACAGAGUAGCAGGAAAGAAUAUGGCUCCCCUAGAAGCUCUUGUCUUUGGCGUUGGACAGACAGUACUGACAUUAAUUAUCUCAUUUUCAAGAAUUCUCGCGACGCUUUGAAACUCAUGUAGAAAGGGGGGAGAAAAACAUCUUUAAUCUGAAGAGAAGCUUCCUGACAGUGGAUUCAUCAGCUUAUGAACUCCAAUUCUAGUGCAAGGGGAAGGAAGCUAUGUGGAAAGUGCACUACAAAUCUCGGGGCUCAGUCAAAUGAGCAGGCUGUCCUCUAGUGUUGGAACUGCUGCACUCCUGCACUGCGCCUUAACGUGCCUCUGUCACGGCAGAUCCCUGUGUGCCAAGCAGAGAUGGAGCACCUCCAGCAGCUGCCAGGCAGGUCCAUGCUUGGUGGUGGGAUCACUGUCCUUAACACCUUGGAAUGAAACAGAGGGGCCAUCCUGAAAGUUGCUCCGUGUGCCAAACUUGGGGUUUAAUUCUGAGGGGGUGGCUGGGUAAGCUCUGGAAUGUAGAGGAAUUCUGUGAAUGUGCACAAUUCUCCUUGAAUUCAGGUGAAAUAGCAAGAUAACUGACUUUUGUGCAUUAGAAGAAUCUCUCUGGAUGCUGAAUAUUCCUGUUCAGCAUUCAAAAAAACGGUUAGAUCUGUUUCAAAAUGUAGAUUAAUUUUGAUGGGGUUUAAGAACCACAGCUUUAACAACCCUGGUGUAAUGAGCACUAUGUGAAGAAUGGCUCGUGGCAGUUUUGUUCCUUGGCACAUUUCUUUGUGAUUUUAGCCUGUCAGAAAUCAGGAGUUUAAGGUGACUGUAUGAAGGCUAUUAAGUACAAGCUGUUGUGUAUGCACAAACAAAUCUUAAACCGAUGUUUUCCUUGAAAUUACUUUGUCUUAAGCAUACAGAUGGCUACCAGCCCUUCUGCAAACCUCAGAAAAAGGGUAUGCAUUGCAAAUAAACUCCCUAUAUUUAAUUAAGCACUGGUAGGACCCUUACCCUACAUGUAUUCUGUAAGGAAAACACAAAUACAACAAACUCUCAGAGAAUACAUCUAUGAGGAAAAUAGAAAGGGUUAACAAUAUGAUAUCUUCGUUUUCUAAUGAACAAAAAUAUUAAGUGUAAUAAAAUGGUUACCAUACUCCAAAAAUUUGUAAGUGGGGCAGCACUAAUGUAUUUACUACCUUGUUUCUGAAUACUUUGUAUCUUUGGAAAGAUUAAGAUACCUGGAACUUUCAAAUACUUAGCUUUCAGUGGUUUGUGCUUUUCUAGUUUAAAAGGGACUGAGUGGUGUUGUGCAUGUGAAAUGUCAUAAAUGUGAGUGUUUGGAGUAAAGAGAAAUUUUAAGUCUAAUGACUAAUUAUUUAUGAAAUACAAAAUUUAAAGGGCAAAAAGUUCUGUGAAUAAGGAAUCUUUUACAUCUUCUCUCAGCUUAAGGCUUUUCAUCAGUUGUCUCUUAAUGAUGACGGGGAGUCAAUCACUCAAAGGUUUUGCUGUUAUGAUGUCAAAAAGACUUUCAGGACUGUCACAAACACUGGCACCUACUGCACACCUAAAAGAAUAUGUUUAAAAUGUAACUUGCAAUCCAGUCAUUGCUUAGUACUUUAAAAUAUAAUGAAUUAACCUGUCUGCCUUUAUCUUAAUCCACAUACCUUUCUUUAAAGUACUAGAAAUGCUAAUAGUAUUUGUUUUCUUUGAAAGCAUCAAAGUCCUGUUUGGAAAGCGUACAAAAUUGUGGGCUUUGCAGGGAACAAGUUAAAAUAUAGGUUUAUAAAUAUUUUCAGUGUUAUUUUUACUUCUAAUUGCUUAAAAAAUGUAGCUGAAUACAUAUACUGUCAUUGUUUUUGAAUGUCUUCAAAAACUUUCCUGUGGUUUGUUUUUUUUUGUCAUUUGUCUUUUAUUUUUGCUUAUCAUUUUUGGCACACAACCAUUGCACUUUAAUAGACAAUGAAAUUAUGACAUCUGUAACAAGCAAUUGAAACUUCUCCCCAUUGUCUUAAAUUGUGAGAAAACUGGUUUCAGGUAUUUAAGUUAAAUUGAAUAAUAAAGUGAUUAAGAUAUUUCUCCUAAUGUGCCUUGUUACAUAUAUGUCUAGGGGAGAGGAUUUAAAAAAAAUUGUCACAUCUUCAUUCUUGUUCUAUUUUAAUUAUUUCUAAUUAAUUUGGUUACUUGAUACAGUGUCCUGUUCAACAGAGUUUAAAACAUUUUAUUUGACAACCUGGAAAUGCUUGUCUGGAUCAAAACCAACCACAUCACAAAGAACUGUUUUCAGUAAUUUAGACUGUCUCAUGCCUUUAUUUCACACUGAAACUAAUUCACAGAUUCCAAAUUUCCUUGAACACCUCAAUUCUUAAUUUUUAUAGGAGGCUAUUAUGCUGCCACUGGUCAGUGGCUGGCUGUCUUUCUCUAAGUUAAACUACAGCAGACUGCUGCCAACUGAUGAGAUACAUAUGCUUGUAUUGAUGAGCUACAUUCUUCAUUUUAAUUACUGUGCCAGUGAAGUUGUUGCCACUGUAACUCUUCCCCUCGGACAAGGAGGCAUCUUUGCAGGUUUUAAGCUCCCUUUCUCCAAAUAAUUUUUAUUGCAUAGGUACUUGUAUUCACUUUUAAAAUGUUAAAUGUGCUUAGCUCUCUCUGCAUUGUGUGGCAUUAUUGCCUGGAAACAAGGGACAGGCAGAUAAUAUAAUGCUUAAGUGGCCUAACAGGGACAAGGCUUUAUUUGACAGAAGUUUGAUUUCAGCUCUUUCUUGUGAGGAGUUUAUAAUGAUGAAAAGUUUGUCUGUGAAGUGUUCUUUGAUCACAGCAUGAACUUACUGCUUAAUAACUCCAGCAGUGAAAGAAAGUGAGAGUGGCCUUAUGUCUGCAAAACUUGGAACUUUCAUUCCAUAUCCCUGUUAAGCUUUAGUCAGUGUUUAUGUGUGUGUGUGUGUGUAUAUAUUUGAAUGAAUGGUGGCUUUGUGGAGUUUGUUUUAUACCUGACACACGCUAACAACUGAAAUAGCUUUUCCAAUAAAAAAUAAAAUUACUUUAGAUAGCCUCCCCUCCCCCUUCCCCUCUUAAUGAAGCUACAAAGACAUCUUUGUGUGUGAAUGGCGCUGAUGGUACCCUGGUUCACCCUUGGACAAUGCAGUAUUGUCCACACAGGAUGUUUUAGCACUAUCUUCAAUCAGCUCUGCCUGUCUCUGCAUUGUAUCAAAGUGCACAUUCUGCAUUGUGCAGAACAAAUAAUGCAUCGACACAAUUUAAUAUUUGGAAGAAGGGGGAGUACUGAAUAUAUUAUUUAAUGUGGAAAAGGUACUGGUUUUUUAGAAGCUGAUGCUAUCAAAGAUUCAAGCAUUCCACACACUUUCAAUUUAAUAAUAUGAUCAUAGAAUUGUAAAAUACCAGGUUGGAGGGGACCUCAAUGAUGGUCUGGUCCAACAUUUCCUGUCAAGAGUAUGAUCUAGACAAGGUAGCCCAGCACCCUGACCAGCCAAGUCUUUAAAGUUUCUAUUGCCACUCAUCUUUUCCAUGUGACUGCUUGUAAUAAGGAGUCUCUUCUUUGUAGCCACACUUUGAAAAUUGGAAUAUGGUGAUAAAGUCUCCCUUAAGCCUUCUUUCUUCAUGAAUCAACCCAGUUCUUUGCCUUUCUUCAUAUGUCAGGUUUCCCAGACUGUUGAUUAUCCCUGUGGCCUUUCUCUGGAGCCUUUCCAGCCUGUCCAUGGUUUUGUGUGUUUUUUGCAUGUCACAGACCAAAGCUCAACACAGAGAGCCCAGUAUUGCAGGUGUGGCCUGUCAAGUGGCUGAGAGAGAUAAUGGUGAUUUUCUCUCUGCUGGUGAUGCCUUUGUUGAUCCAGUUGGCUUUCUUUGCCAUAACAGCACACUGCUCACUCACAUGGAGCAGCUUGUUCACCAGGAUCCCCAGAUCCCUUUCCGCAGAGCUGCUCCUCAGACAGGUCCAUCCCAGCCUGUGCUGCACUCCUGGAUUGUGUUUUGCCAAGUGCAAGAUCUUAUCCUUUUGUUUGUUGAACUUUCUGAAGUUCUCUGUACAUCCUAUCAAUGUCCUUUUAGUUCUCAAUGUGUAUCUUUCUGCUUUUCCAUUUCUGGUACACUUCUUUUCUGGAUUUGAGCAAAUUCAGAUGUUCACAGUUAAGCCAAGGAGGUCUCUUGCUCUGCCUCUUUCCUGACCUUAAAGGGGAUGAACUGGUUUAGUGUUUCCAGGAGACUGUUGGUGAAAAACUCCCAGCACUUUCUCCUCCCUUCCCAUGGGCUAUGAACAUAGUGAAGUUUGCUCUUCUAAAUCUAAAAUGUUUGUUCGUUGACCUUCAGCAUGCUCAGCAGUAUCCCACUACCGUGACCAUGGCAGCCGAGGCUGUUGCUGAUUGGGGUUUUACAAAGCAGGUUUCCUUGGCUUCUGAGUAGCAAGUUCAGCAGUGCCUCACCCUUGAUUGGCACAUCUAACAAUCUGUAUUCCAAAUAUGUCCUCUACAUACCACAGGAAUGCGAUGGAUAACGUGGGAUGCUGUACUGUUCUUCCAAAAAGUGUCUAGGCAGCCAAAAUCACCCAUAGAACCAGGUUCUGUUGACCCAAAGCUUUCUUAAGUGACCCAAAUAUUGUUUCAUUGGUGUUUUUUCCUCAGUUUGGAGGUCAGUAGCAGACGCCUACUUGGAGAUUCCCCUUGCAGACGACCUCUCUCACCUUGACUCGGGCAUUCAAUAGAGUUUCCACAAUCUCUGUGCAUUGAUAUGCAGAUACUGGAGGUGGCUCUUUUGGGAAGCAGCUAAGGAGCAUUUGGCACUGUUCUGGGUGGCUUGACUUAUUCCCCAAAUCAAAAAAUUCUGUUUUGAUUCAAAACUUGCAGCUAUGUUUCAGGAAAAAAAUCUUCCAAAAAUUAUUGUCUUUAAAUUUCUGGGUAAUUUUGAGUUUAUGAAACUAAGCUGUGUGCUAUGGCUAGCCAUGAUUUGCUGUUGACUUUUUUUUUAAGAAACCAAUAAUUUAACCAGUUUUGAACUAUCAAAAUGGAUCUGAUUUUGUCUAAAAGAACUUUCUAUUUUUGAAGUACACUGUUUUGAUUUUGAUAAAGAAAAUAAUGUUUCCCUCUCAAUAUAUUGUACAUUGAUAUUUAUUUUGCUUACAAUUUGUAUUUGAGUUCUGUUGUGGGGGGCACAGAUAUAAUGCCAUUUGAGCAGAAACUGUAAUGGAGUCUGAGCUCUAAUAACUAUAAGGAUUGGGUCUUUUUGUUUUAAUUUAUGUAUUUUAUGCACUAGGCAUAUUUUAAUAAUGCCUUGCCUGCAUUAAAUCUAAGUAUUUAUACCAUGAGCAUAUUAAACUGGAUGUUUUUGUACACAGCCACAUCACACGUGUGUAAUUCCAGAUGAAUAGACACAAUAGUAUUGCUUGGUGUAGUGAAUUGUGGAUUAAUCAGUUAGCCUCCCUCCCCAGAAAGUAUGUGACUCUAAUAAGGCCUAGAAAUGCAAUUGUGAACCUGAGAAUGUUUUUCAGCUGCUCUUCUGUUUCUAGAAAUAGUUUUUUAUUGUGUGUGUAUUUCAGUUAAGGGGAAAGACAUGGAGAUAGGUCACAGUUGUCAUCCUAAUAACCAAUCUAAUUCCAAGCAAUUUGAGACAAAAUGGAAUUCUGAAUGUUGUUCAUAAAUUAUGAUGGAGUGUUACAUACACAAAAAUGCUAAAGCAUAACUUUUUUUCAGAGUUACCAAAAUUUAACAUACAUAACAACUGCACCAGCAUAUUGAAGGGGUACCUUUUGAAUUAUAACUUCUAGUCUUUAGACUGGGAGCAGCCCAAGGUGGAAAGACUGUUCAAAUCGUCAGCUGAAGUAAUAAAUGUUCUUUGAGUAGAGAUGAAUUUAACAGAGCUGAACAUUUGUUUUGAGUCAGUGGGAAAAGUAUUCUGUCCUCUGUUACAGCAGUGAAAUCUUCAUCUGGGUUCAUUAAUUUGUAUACGUAGCUGCACAUAAUUUUGGGAAAAUGAAGUUAUCCUAGAAAGUAGAAUUCAACCUGAGUACAUACAUUUGAUAUCCUAAAAUUGUGACAGAUUUUGUCCUGAAGCAUGCUGUUUCUGCUGUUUCCUACAACUGUGCCUGAAGUUACAGAUGAAAUUCAAGCUGUGUAUUAAUUCUAAAUGUAAUCACAAAGACAUCUCAAAGCCUGUGAAGAUGUAUUACUGCUUGGGGUAUUCUCCCAGUGUAGUAGGUAUAAAAACAAUUGUGCUCUAAAAAAAUGAUCUAAAGUAUUUUCCUUCAGGAAUGCACAUUUUGUCACUUCUGGUUGCUCGUCUUGUAGUUACUGAAGACUUUAGGAAGCUACUGCAUGAAUCCUAGCAGGAUUUGAUAGCUGUUGAAGAGAAUGGAUAUUAUGUCCUUUUGUCCUUCUUCUGUGGACCAAAACACGAACUCUAAGGCAAAGUAAAAACUGAAGAGACAUUUUCAGUAAAGUAAACAAUACUUGAUUGAUACAAAUGACAUUCCUUUUGAUUUGAGACUUAACUCUCUAGGCUUACUUGAGAAAUUUAGUAUCAACACUGCAAAACCCACUUUGGAUUAUCCACCAAUAUAAGGUAUAUGGGAGCUAAAAAUCUAAAACCUUUCAAAAUUACUUGGCUAGAAGUUUUCCUUCUUUGAAAUGUGCCUAGAUUUUAUACAGAUAAUGGAGUUCUGAAGGUCCUUCAUAUUUUGGGUGUUUUAGAGGAUAAUCAGGUAUCUAUAGAACUAAACUUUUGACUGUGACAAUAUAUAGAAUAGCACACAAUUCUUCAGAAGUGCUUACAGAAGCCACUAAGAAUAAAUACCUAUUUUACCAUUAGAAAAAGUAUUUAUCAUCUGUAUUGAUUACUUUAACAGUUGUACUAUAAGCUUUACAAAUACAAGUAUUGUAACCAUUUGGAUUUGGCUGAACAAAUAGGAGGAGAAGAAAAUGGGAAUUUGAAAAUCUUUAAAAAUGACAAAGGUAAAAAAAUAUUCAUUAGUCCAUUGACAGACUGGUGCUCCUUCAGUACAGCUUUUCAUCAAGCAUGAAUUAACCAAUAGAACAUUGUUGGUGUCUCACUAGAAACUGUCUUGUUGAUAGAAUGCAUUCUUCAAACUUGUAUUAGAAAUAGAUGUUCAUAUCUUCACUUUAUGAAGUUACCUAAGCUAAAGUGUUGUGACUUAGGCAAAGUUACGAAGCUGAAAGAUAGCAACAACAGUGCUGGAGAAGAGUGAUUUAACAUUUAGUUGAUUUAUGCUUUGUACAGGACUCUGUUAUGGUGUGCAAAAGGUACUUGUUUUGAGUGGUGGAUGUACUGCAUGCUCAUGUAAUAGUUUAGCUCCAGUUAAAAAAGAUGGCAUUUAAGUUGUAAAUACUGUACACUACUAUAUUUCAUUUUUUUAAGCAACUUUUUUAUUUCCCUGUUUGUGUACAGUUCUCUAUGUACAUAUUAAAAAACCUAAAACAAACAAACUGCAACAUUUUGAGAAACUUUUGUAGUUAUCUUUUGCAUUUUAAUUGUGUUAACAACCUAAAUAUGUCCAUUCAGCUGUCUGUUUAGUUUGAAGUUUUCAUUGCAUGCUUUCAGGUUCUUUGAAAAACAGCAAUAACAGUUGGACAAUUAUUUAAAGUAAAACAUUCUUCUGCACAAUUUCCACUUCCAUUCUUUAGAAUGCAGACACAGUGGAACAGUUGUCCAAUUGUAAGAUUUAAAGAAUCGUUAAGUAAUUAUUUAUAUUUAUUUUGUUUUUGGUGGUAGGAAAUGUCUCAGCUUAUAAACAGAAUUUGCAAGUUAAACAUGGUUUUUUCUCAUGCUCAUUUAUUUAACUAAAAUUUUCUAUUAAAAUAUUUUCAUAAACUUUCUGUAGCUUACUGCAUGUUCUAACUAAUCAUGAAGCCAUUUGUCAACCUCUAUAUUAAAUACUCGGACAACACAAGUUAUACAUUUUGUGAAUCUGGUUGAAAUGUACAGAUGUACACAUAAAAUAAAGCUAAAAUUAGCAA